CUCUCUCUCUCUCUCCAGAGACACCGGAGUCCACACACCCCACCCAACGCACCAUAAUGGAUUUCCACCUGAACCACACCUCCGGCGGUUCACCUUCCUCCUCCACCUCCUCCUCCGACCCAAACCAAAACCCUAAUUCCAACCACCACCACCGCAACGGCGGUCACCAACACCACCACGAAACCGAUCCAAUGCAAUCCUGGUGGGAAUCCAUCUCCAAAGCCCGUUCUCGUAUCCACCUCCUCUCCUCCAUCCUUCCUCACUCCACCUCCUCAUCUCCGCCUCUCUCCUCCCUCGCUGACUCCGACUGCCCCGCCCGCUCCCUACUCUCCUCCCUCGCCGCCUACUCCGCCCUCUCCGCCUCCCUUUCCUCGCCCCUCUCCGGCACCGGCGACGACCCUCUGUGCCACUGGCUCUACGACACCUUCCAGUCCUCCGAUCCUGAUCUCCGCCUCGUCGUCCUUUCCUUCCUCCCCCUCCUCUCCGGCCUCUACCUCUCUCGCAUCCACUCCGACACUUCCGCCGCCGCCCCUUCUCUGGCCGGAUUCGAGGCCGUCUUGCUCUCUCUCUACGCGGCCGAAACCAAAUCUCGCGCCGGCAAACCCAUCCUCAUCAACAUCCCGGAUCUCUCUCAACCCUCCCUGUAUCACUCUCCUCGGAACAAACCCAAUCCCAAUCUGAACAACCAAUCUCGGCCCUCGAUCGGAGUCCUCUCCGCUCCGCUCGAGCCCCAAAUCGCCGUGAAAUCAACCAAACGAGCCUGCAUUGUUGGUGUAGCCCUAGAUUGCUACUACAAGCAGAUCUCUCAGAUGCCCAGUUGGUCCAAACUCGAUUUCUGUCGCUUCGCCGCCGAUUGGGCCGGACAGGAUUGCCCCUGCAAGACGGAAUUCGACAAAAACGGAGAGGAGAUUGGAAAUGAUUAUUUUUCCGAAGGUACUACUAGGGAUCUUGAGAUUGAUGAUGUGGUGGAGGAGAUGGGGAAUUUGGGGAUGAAUGGAAAUUCAUCGAAUUCGGUUCCGAGAGGGGCGAGGAUUCCACUUCCGUGGGAGCUUCUGCAACCGGCGUUGAGAAUUCUGGGUCACUGCCUCUUGGCUCCUCUCAAUUCAGAGGAUGUUAAGGACGCUGCGUCAGUGGCAGUGCGGUGUUUGUAUGCUAGGGCUUCUCAUGAUUUGGUUCCACAGGGGAUUUUGGCGACACGGAGUUUGAUUCAGCUCGAUAACAGAGCAAGAGAGGCUGCAAAGGCAGCAGCAGCCAUUGCAGCUGCUUCGAAUGCUAACACACCCAGUAAAGCUAAGAAGCCAGAGAUUUUUUUAGCUUCAAAAUGAUCGCAGAGUAUGUAAGGUUUCGGCUUUUUUUACUUUUUAUUUUUUGCUAUUCUGUUGUAUUGUUUGAUUUGUAUGUCCUUUUUAUUUUGUGUAGGUUGGAUUUUUAUAUUUGUAUUUAUACUUAUGUAGAUUGAUUGUAGAGAUCAUAAAUAGUUGUGUAUGGAUAUUGUCACUGUGUGCAACCCAUUACUUGGACAUGCUUUCAUGGUGUUUUGAUUUGUCACCAAUGUAUUUUCUUAUCUGUUUUGAAUCUUGCUGUUUUAUUGAA